AAUCUCGAUCGACUCAAUCGCUCCUGGUACCGAAACGAUCGGCCGGAGGAGGAGAACAUUAACGCUCGAAUGGCGUAUCGUGCUCUCAUGUUGCUCACAAUCCGGCGUCCACCGGAUUCUGAGUUCACGGAGUUUGAGCGAGAGAUCAGGAAGCGGGCCUUUGAAGAUUAUGGCGUUCUGCAUGAUACCCUCGAGAUGUAG